AUGCUUCUCUCUGCUGUCUCGCUCCACCUCCGGAAGGCCAAAGAGGCAUCCGCCGGCAUGCCUGGUCUUUCCGGAGUCUCAUACGGCCCCCAAAUCAAGUGGAAUGGCCAGACAUCAAAGGCGCCUCCAGAUGGCGAUACCCACUUAAACGAGGUUGUCCGUCGACUCAUAUAUCUCGAGGCCUGUGACCCAGAGGACAUCCAGGCGAUAAUGAGACAAACCUAUCUUCCAGACGCCUCGUUCCUGCACCCUUUCUUCAGCAUCCGACCGAGCAACACUGGGCGAUUCCGGUUCUGGCUCUCGGGAAAGGUGCAGGCAGUCAAGGCCAUAUAUCACCUAUUUCUCUUGCAACGGAUCAUUCUCGGUCCCACGGAGAGCCUCAAAGUAAAGUAUGUCUUUGCCUCUGAAGACAACGAGUUAUACGUCACAUAUUCACGUCGGAUCGCGGGUCCAUUCUCUCUGAUAAUUCCCCGGUCGACCCAAUGGAUUACCAAGUAUGAACUGGUCCGCGUUCAGCUGCAAUCGUACAAUUUCACUGGCAGCUCCUUUGCCCCAGACCAAGUCUCUACUUUCAAGACUUUGUGUGAUCGAUUGCCAACCAUUGGGUCAACCAAGCUCAACAGAAUUGUUGCCAUCUCUCCCCCAAGCAGAAAGGGCAGAAGAAACCCGAAGAUUAUGACCAAUGGGCAUACCACAAGUCGCCAUGUAGACGAAGAAUACAUCGCUCCGACGUGGGAUCCUGACCUGAAAGGUCCUUUCGCUCUAAUCAAAGUCAUCGACCGGCGCCCCAUGUCAUCAGAGGCACCACCGACCUCUCCAGACAGGAAGAGAUCAUCACCCUCUCCAGGCAAGAAAACACCACCAACCUCUCCAAAAAAGAGGCGACCAUCAACCCCCUCAAGCAAGAAGAGACUAUCAACCUCUCCAGACAAGAAAACACCUUCGAAGAUUCCUGACAACGUCGGCCCAUGGUUCUACAUGGUCAAGAGUCGCCAAGACCUCUACGAUACACCUCUGACUAAUGCAGGCCCCCUUGCAUCCUUCUUCGACGGGGUGGUUCGGAUGAUUGUCAGUAGCCUGGCUGUCCUUUUCAGUAUCCUCCUCCAGUGGCUGUCAAAAUAUUUCUGA